AAUAUAAUUUAACAUGAUCGUGUUUGGUGAAUUCAGCACAGUUUGUUAUGUUUGUUCCGUCUUGGACGGUAAUAACAUUAACCUACUUUAGGAGACAAAAGCCAUAUGCUGUUUUUAGGGUCAUUAGGUGUUUAAAUCCCCCGCUGUGUGAUCUGAUCAGCUUACAGUCUAGCUGUGAGAUCCCUGUGAGUUAGACAGUUAAACAACAUGACUGAUUUCAAUGGCCAGUCUAACUCUCUUGUGUCUGCUCUAGCUGCGUUCGCCUUCCUUGUGUCUUCAACAUGUCUUUUCUACAGACCAGUGAUUAUAACAAGAAUGGGGAAUUUCACGUCGACGGCGCCUGGGUUGUCAAGCUCGGCGUGUUCUCAGUUUGUCCAGGAUGUUGUGUCCAGCAACUGUGUUGUGAUAUUCUCCAAAACCACGUGCCCGUACUGUAAGAUGGCGAAGAACGUUUUCAACGAGAUCGGCGCUGCAUAUAAAGUUGUUGAACUGGAUCAGCACAACGAUGGCGGACGUCUCCAGGAGACCUUGGCACAAAUGACAGGUGCCAGAACAGUGCCAAGAGUCUUUAUUAACGGGCAGUGCAUUGGAGGAGGCACGGAUACAAAGCAGCUCCACCAGCAAGGGAAACUUCUGCCUCUUAUUGAACAGUGUAGGCUGUGCUGUUUGAGUACCAGCCCCGAGGGCUCAGGCAACCCUCAAUAUCAACAUAAUCAGUCAUAAUGUUGUGUAUUAUGUGUUCAUUCUCGUUGGUCACACGUGAACAGCCCGAGCAGAGGUUAAGUAGAUAAUAUGUAUAAUAAUAAUCAUCAAUGCUUUCCUGAAUGAUUGGCAUUGUUAUGAGUAUUGCUAUUUUGGGGUUGUUGUGCACCGUAUGCGUACUUGUAAAAUAUAAUACCAAAUGGUAUUACAACAAGUAUGUUAGCUGACUUUUAUUUUGACCCCGAGCUGCAAAACCUCAGUAUUCCUUUAUGUACAUACAUAUUUAAAAUAAAAAAAAAAUCAAAGUAUUUUACAAAAUGUUGAAUUGUUCAUUUCUCUUGAUGUAAACACACAAACACCCACUUGU